ACCACCACCACCACCACCACCAGCAGUGCUGCCGCCACAGUAUAUAAGGCGUGAGUGAGCAAGGAAAGGCAGACAGUGACCUGCUCCUCCUCUCGUCGCCAACAUGAUGAAGCUGCUGAUUGUGUGCGUGGUGGUGGCGGCGGCAGUGGCGGCGCCCACCUACAACACGCCCAUCCCCAUCCUGAAGGACGACCGCACCCAGAACGCAGCCGGCGAGUACUCCUUCAACUUCGAGACUGGCAACGGCAUCGUGCGCAGCGAGUCCGGCUACCAGGCUGACGGCCAGGAGAACUCCGGCGCCUUCAGCUACACCAGCCCCGACGGCACGCCCGUGGCCAUCUCCUUCACGUCUGGCGCCGGCGGCUACCAGCCCGAGGGCGCCGUGCUGCCCGUGGCCCCGGCGCUGCCCUACCAGCGCUCCGACACCUUCGUGCACUAGACUCCCACGCCCACGCGCAUCAUCACCACGCCUACCAAUAAUGGCCUCGCCUCCCUUCAACGCCUCCCGCCUCUCCCUCACGCACUCCAGCGCAACACUAUUUAUUGUCGUCGUCGCGGCGGCCUCGCUCUCUUAUUUCUCUGACUGUAAAUAAACAAUGAAUGACUGUAA